AUGUCGAUCAUCUCACAGAGCAAGACCGGCUAUGACCAUGACAACUUGCGCCAUGUGGUCAUCACUUCAACCUGCUUUGCUUUCAUUUUGUCUACGACCGCAGUAGGCUUCCGAAUUAUCUCCAGAAAGAUCAAUGGAAACGGUCUCUACCUGGAUGACUUGCUCAUCAUCUCGGCGCUGAUUUUCGAGUAUGGGAUUACAAUAGCUGGAAUUGUUUUGCUCUACAAUGGACUUGGAACCCACAUCGCCUACGUGAAGCCCGAGCAGCUCGUCGUAUACCUGAAGACACUGUUCACCGGAUCCAUCCUCUACACUUGCUGCAUCGCCUCGGUCAAAUUGUCCAUUCUCAUGCUCUACCGCCGGAUCUUCCCUACGAAGCAGAUGAAGAUCGGUGUCAACAUCGUGUCCAUGAUUGUUAUUCUGUGGGCCGCUUGUGGCAUUCUCACUGGCUGCUUUACCUGCAUUCCCACGGAGAAGCUGUGGUAUCCCGAAUUGCCCGGUGGAUGCAUGGAUCUCUCCAAGUUCUACUACGGACUUCAGGUUCCCAACAUCGCGACUGACGCUAUCAUUCUGUUCAUGCCCAUGCAUGUCGUCUGGGGUCUGCCAAUUUCUCGUACCCAGAAAUUUGGUCUUUCGGCCAUCUUCAUUCUGGGUUUCCUAACUUUGGUCUUCGAUAUCGUCCGCCUGGUCGCUCUCAUCGACUUGUCCACCGCUGGCAACGACAUUACCUACAACCAAGUCAACUCGAGUGUGUGGACCUGCAUUGAGCCAGCCGUGGGUAUCGUCGCGGCCUGUCUAUCGAACAUGCGUCCUCUGUUCAAAAUCGUGCAUACCAAGCUGUGGUCGCGCAUCGGCUCUACCGCGGGCAGUAGCCAGCAGGAGAUCAUCAGUGCAAACGGCGAAAAGGGAUGGACUCGCAACACUCCAAGCCUCACCAACACCAUCAACGACACAACGCACUCCGAGUCCCCUGCUCGCUCUCCUUCCGUCUAA